AUGCAAGACAAACUCAAGAACCCUGUGAUAUUCAAUAUAUUCAAGAUACUUGAGCAUGGAAGUUCUAUCAAAUGUUUCAUUGAGCUUUUUGAGGCAGCAAGGAGUGGGAAACUUGCAGACCACAAGACAUUCAAAGAAUUAUGUGACAUGUUUGCAGACCGCUUCCACCUCACCAACUCCACCAACCCCAACUUAAAAAACUCUAUAUGUCAGUAUAACAUUCUUACUUUGCAAUUAGUGGGUUACAAGGGUCUAAUAGUAGUUGCUGGUAACUGCACAAAAGUUCAUCCACACUCUACUCUUCCUUUGGAUGAAUAUCAGAUUGACAAAAUUGAAGAUAUCAAGAAUAUUAUCAAUAGUAUUUAUAAGGCUGAGGCUGAAGCAACACAAGUCACAAUCGAGCCUUUCAACCAAAAUUUCAACCAAGUUAGGCAAUAG